AUGGUCAUCGCCAACGACGAGUACUCCAUUUGGAGGACAGCCCCAGAUGCCAGCCGCCUCUGCUACCAGCACUUCUGUUGGCGUGAGCUCUACAAAAGCAACAUCCAUCCCUCCAUCGACUUGACCGACAGACCACACCUGCGCAUCGCCGAACUUGCCACAGGCCACUGUCUCUGGGCUAUCCAAGUUGCGGAAGAAUACCCCCAUGCACAAGUCGACGCGUCCGAUAUCAGCUUGGGAUUGCUUCCUCCUAAACCCGACCUUCCAGCAAAUCUGUCCGUCAGAAAGUGGAGCUUCUUCGACCCGGUCCCGGAGGAAUGGAUAGGAGCGUUCGACCUCCUCCACGUGAGGUUGGUCAUCCAGCCAUUUGGAGGAAAUCAAGAUCCACGAUCUGUGCUGGACAAAUUCGUGUCUAUGCUGAAACCGGGAGGCUACCUUCAGUGGGAUGAAUAUGACUAUCACAAUGCCGAUAAGAACAAUGUCUACUCGGUUAACGACCCAGUCCUCAUCCCCAACCCGGAGGUUACCCACAAUUCAUCCACCAAGGUCUGGAAGCUUAUCAUGAAGACUUUCCAAUGGCCGACUGAGCAUUUGGACCGACUAGCCGACUAUUUCUCCGCAGCUGGCCUCACGGACGUUGUGGCGCACCGAAAGCGUCCUCCGCCUACCGUAUUUCGGGCGUUCUACGAGCACUGGUACGCGCUGAUUGCCCAGCUGUUGCCAGUUUUGGAGUCAGUGGAUGUUGCCGCGGGACAAGAGGCAAAGCAAUUGCUCAUGCAAAUGAAGAAGGAUGCUGUGGUAGAUGGCGUGUAUAGCGCUCAUAUCACAAAGUUCGUGGUCGGGAGGAAACCUGAAUAA